CUUCCAUCUCUUCCCUCAGGAUCGGGCGGGGAUCGUAGGAUGGCGUUGCGGCUGCCUCUCCUUCGCCGGCCGGGCUCCCUCCGCGGGCUGAGCCUGCGGUGGCAGCACCGUGCCUCAGUCAAGGUGGUCAACGAACCCAUUUUGGCCUUCAAACCUGGGAGCCCUGAGCGAGCCGCCCUCCAGCAGGCUUUAAAUGACUUGAGGGACAAGACCGAAGAGAUCCCGUGUGUCAUUGGGGGUGAGAAAGUAUGGACAGCCAACGUGAGAUAUCAAGUGUCGCCCUUUAAACAUUUACACCAAGUGGCCAAAUACUGUUAUGCUGAUAAGGACUUGUUGAAUAAGGCCAUUAUCUCUGCCUUGGGUGCCCGGAAGGAAUGGGAUCUCCGGCCCAUCCAGGAUCGGGCGGAGGUCUUCUUCAAAGCGGCCGACAUCCUCAGCGGGCCCAGAAGGGCAGAAAUCUUAGCCAAGACCAUGGUCGGACAGGCUAAAACAGUCAUCCAAGCAGAAAUCGACGCGGCCGCGGAGCUGGCGGACUUUUUCCGCUUCAACGCUAAAUACGCCCUGGAGUUGGAGGGGGAGCAGCCCAUCAGCGCCCCACCCAGCACCAACAGCCUGGUGUAUCGGGGGCUGGAGGGCUUUGUGGCUGCGAUCUCCCCCUUCAACUUCACCGCCAUCGGAGGGAACCUGGCAGGAGCCCCAGCAGUGAUGGGCAACGUGGUCCUUUGGAAACCCAGCGACUCGGCUAUCCUGUCCAGUUAUGGCGUCUACCAGAUCCUCCUGGAAGCCGGGCUGCCUCCCGGUGUCAUCCAGUUUGUCCCAGCAGAGGGCACCACAUUCGGGGACACGGUGACCAGCUCAGAGCACUUGGCUGGCAUCAACUUCACCGGCAGCGUCCCGACUUUUAAGCGUCUCUGGAAACAGGUCUCUGAAAACCUCGACCGGUAUCGCACCUUCCCUCGGCUGGCUGGGGAAUGCGGAGGGAAGAAUUUCCACUUUGUCCACGCCUCGGCUGACGUGCCCAGCGUGGUGAGUGGGACGAUCCGCUCAGCCUUUGAAUACGGCGGCCAGAAAUGCUCGGCCUGUUCCCGCCUCUACGUGCCGGACUCUCUGUGGCCUCACAUCAAAGCCGGGCUGCUGGAGGAGCAUCAGAAGAUCAAAGUGGGAGACCCAGCUGAAGAUUUCGGAACGUUCUUCUCCGCCGUGAUUGAUAGCAAGGCGUUCGCACGCAUCAAGAAAUGGCUCAAGCAUGCCGAAUCCUCACCCAACCUGAACAUCCUGGCUGGAGGCGGCUGCGACGAUGCGGUGGGCUAUUUUAUCCAGCCGUGCAUUGUUGAGACAAAAGACCCCAAGGAUCCCAUCAUGCAAGAGGAAAUCUUUGGGCCAGUUCUGUCGGUGUACGUCUAUCCGGAGAAACAGUACAAAGAUAUUCUCCACCUGAUUGACAGCACUUCUCCGUACGGCCUCACAGGGGCGGUGUUUGCCCAGGAUAAGGCCGUCAUUGAUGAAGCCACCAAACUCCUAAGGAACGCGGCCGGGAAUUUCUACAUCAAUGACAAGUCCACCGGUGCGGUGGUGGCCCAGCAGCCGUUUGGGGGCUCUCGUGCCUCAGGAACCAAUGACAAACCGGGCAGCGCUCAUUACAUCCUGCGGUGGACGUCUCCCCAGGCGAUCAAGGAGACCCACGAGCCGUUGGGGGACUGGAAGUACCCUUACAUGCAGUGACGUGGCUUAUGGGGCCUUUGCAGACUUGGACGGCGAUGGGCUACGUUUCUCUUUGGCGGCCUUCCUUGCCGAUCUCUCCUAAGGGACAAAUUACAAGGAGUGAAUUGAUUUCCUUCUCUAUCACUUUGGACAUCUUUGGAGAAUUAAAAUAAUAAUAAUAAUAUCCUACUGAAAAUCAAAAUUUAUCCCUCCACUUCAGCGCUGCCGUGUUUUGUUAAUUUCUCCAGAGAGGCUUUGCUGCUUUGAACCCUCUUAAAUGCGCAUUCUUCAACUUUUGUAUCUUGUUUCUGAUAAAUUUUUGCCGCGUCCACUGGAGGGGAGAAGUGCUAAAAGCAGCCUGGCGAAUCUCUUUUUGUUAAAAGAAACACAGGAACAGCCAGGAACAUCCGGAGAAAUUGUGAGCGUCGAUUCAGCGAAAUUAGGAAAAGCGAAAAUUAAACUCCUAUAAACUUCCUUCUUUCCACAUCCUAAGGAACGUGGGCUGAGAUUUUUGGCUGAAAAGUUUCGCUUGUGCGUUGACAGUCACCGUCCAGAUGGGACGCUGGUUCUUUUUAAAAAAGAUCUAUUUUUGUAAAAUUUGAACAUUCGAAUCAGGGACAAGAAAUGCUUUAAAAGGGGGACUUUUGGUAGCUUGCCAACUAAGCCAGGCUUAAUUCUCUGCAAAAGCUCCGAAAUCGAGGGACAGAAGAAUAAAAAUUGAAUGUAUGAAACUGAUUGAGUGCCGAAAGACUGACGAACAGCUAAUUUGCAGGACCUUAAAGGGCAUAAAGCUUAUUUUAAAAAAUCUCCACAACUGUGUUCGUGUAUCAAGGCUACAUAAUUUUCUUAUCCCUAUUUUGCUGACUAACAUUUUUAGCCCUUGUAGCUUUGGAAAAUUGAUUUAUAUAACGAAUCGUGUAAGCAGAUGUAAACCAACUUGGUUCUACUCCAUUAAUUCUUAACUCCAAUCUUACUCAUCGUUUUUGUUCCGAGAUAAUUGUUUUGAUUCCUGGUCCAGAUAUUCAGACUCAUGUUGUCAUAAUUUCCUGCCAAGCCAAAUUUACAUUUCCAGUUUUCUUGGCUUACGCACUAUCGCAUUUCCAAUCGCUCAAAGCAGAUUGUCCCCUGUACGGAUAGAAAUGUUCCAAAAUCUGCUCUUAAUUUUUCUUGCACAAAAAACCCCCGCUGCUUUCCUUCCUUGCUUUGUCUUUACUAAAGUGUGAUGAUUGUUACCGCAGAAAGGUCUCAACACUGGAUGUGCUUCCGAAACGGAAAGAAAAAUGCCAAAACUAGGUAGCUAAAUAAAUACCUCCCAAUUUCAUGAUAAUGGGGAUGCGAUGGCUCAGUGGCUAAGACGCUGAGCUUGUCGAUCGAAAGGUCGGCAGUUCAGCGGUUUGAAUCCCUGGUGCCGCAUAACAGGGUGAGCUCCUGUUACUUGUCCCAGCUUCUGCCAACCUAGCAGUUUGAAAGCACAUAAAAAAUGCCAGUAGAAAAAUAGGGACCACCUUUAGUGGGAAGGUAACAGCAUUCCGUGCACCUUUGGCAUUGAGUCAUGCCGGCCACAUGACCACGGAGAUGUCUUCAGACAGCGCUGGCUCUUCAGCUUUGGAAUGGAGAUGAGCACCACCUCCUAGAAUCGGGAAUGACUAGCACAUAGGUGCAAAGGGAACCUUUACCUUUUAAUUUCAUGUAUAUCGGAAAGCAGUAGGGAGGAAGAGGGGGAAGAGAAGUCAGGAAGGAUUAGGAAAAAGAAAAAAAAGCAUUGAUUUCCGACCUUCUCUGUUGCAGUAAAAAUAAGGCAUUUAACAUCAAAUCACCUUUUGUUUUUUUCUCAUAAUCAUAAAAACUAGCCAUUUCUAUAAGGAUCUAUCAGUCUAAUCGGUAAAACCCAAAAUCAAAAUGUCAUUCUUUUCCGCUUCAAGCACAAAGCUCAGAAGCCGUCUCCAUGUGGGAACGAAAACACUUAUAUAUUCUUUUCUUUAAUCAAAAUAGUCCAUUUUGCCAUUUCAGCCAACUCUUACCAACUUCUGCAACCAUUUGUCCUUGGUAGGAAUCGAAGUGUCCUUCCAUUUUUGGGGAGCAUACAGUCGUCUUGCUGCCGUCAACAUAUAUAUAGUGUCAAAAGUUCUCAAUUUUGGAGUAGGAUUCAUAUUUUUAAUACAGAAAAAUUUUGAAAAUGAAGAUAAAGGAGCUUUUUUCGUUCCUGAACGCUAGGAGCAGGCCAGUUACGAUCAACCUCUCCAUUCCUGGCUUGGUGGUGCACGGAGAACCAAUAUCUUGUAUGGUCAUCAGAGUUUAAACAACUUUCCCUAAGUUGGGUUGAUCAAGCAUUGAUAAUGUCAGGUGAAAACUUAUUAAUAAAAGUUUUCUGCAAAAAGAAAA